AUGGCGCCGAGUGCCACAUCAUCCACCUCUGUGCCCAAGCUUCUCUCGCCCUCGGGCAGCAGCACCGCAACGGACGAGUUCGACAUCAUCUCGUGCUACCACGAUCUCCUCUCGUCCGAUGCCGAACUGCCUUUUCCGAUCGCGGCGAUCUUUGCGCUGGCGGAGCUGGUGUCCAAAUCGCGCGCGGCGACAACUUCAGAGUUGAUGGAGAACAUCCGCUCAGCGUCGCAUCGACUCAAGGCCUCGCUGGAGAAUCCAGUGCCUGCAACGGCGGGGUUGGAUCUGUUCACGCGGUUUGUCGUGACCAAGUCCUGGGAUACGGGCGACGACUUUGAAGCGCACAAGGCCUCGCUCGCUGCACUGGCACACGAGUUUGCCGUGCAUACUGUGCCAUCGUGUCGCGAAAAGAUCUGCGAGCUGGUGUUGCCGUUCAUCAGUGACGACAGUGUGGUCUUGACGCAUUCGUAUUCGCGCGUGGUCAUGCAGGCGCUCAAAUUCGCCGCCCUGCACCAGCGAAAGCGCAUCUCGGUCUACGUCACCGAAUCGCGCCCCCACGGCCUCGGUCUGCGAACCUACAACCAGCUCAUCAGCCACGGAAUCCCUUGCACAGUCAUUCUCGAUUCCGCAGUGGCCUACACGAUGCCCAAGGUGGAUUUGGUCCUCACGGGUGCCGAGGGAGUCGUCGAGUCAGGCGGAUGCUUGAAUGCCGUGGGGACGUAUGGCAUGGCGAUCAUCGCAAAGGCGUGCAACAAACCCUUCUUCGCACUCGCAGAGAGCUUCAAGUUCCUCCGCAUGUUCCCGCUCAACCAGUACGAUCUGCCCACCAACAACACCAACCGAAACCUGCUCGCCUUUCCCGACCUCGAUGACCAGCCCAGCGACACUGCAACUACACGAGAGGCGGAGCAAGAUCACGCAACCCCCAAACUCGGCAGCACACAACAGACGUUGCAAAUGUCGCGCGCACAGGAACUCCUCAACCCCGCAAUCGACUAUACCACGCCGGACCUGGUGACGUUCCUGUUUAGCGACGUGGGCGUGCUCACACCCUCGGGUGUAGGCGAUGCCCUCCUCGCCGUCUACGGUGGAGCCGACUAG